GCAGAGGAGCAGCAGCAGCAGGGGACGCCAGGAGGAGCAUUCCUUCCCCGGGGUUUAUGAAUGGCACUGACAUGGAGGAAAUACCGUUUCAGAAAGUCAAGACCAAGAGGAAGACGUGCUGCCGCUGCUGCUGCUCCCCCCCGGCCGCGGGCGCCGGGCUGGGGGGAGCCCCUCCGCCGCCGCCGCUGCUGGAUGCCGUCGCCUGCGAGGACGAGUUCGACUGCAAGGAGCUGGAGUCCCUCUUCCAGAGCUACAACCUGAAGCUGGAGCAGACCUCCACCCUCAAGGCGCUGGCCGUGCUCAUCGUGCUGACCGCCAGCCUGGCCCUGGUGGAGCUGCUCUCCGGCCCCAGCCUGACCAUCUCCAAGGGCUCGCACCCGGUGCACUGCAUCAUCUUCCUCUCCCUCUUCAUCGUCACCAACGUCAAGUACCUGCAGGUCACCCAGCUGCAGCAGAUCGUCAAGCUCACCCUGCUCUUCAGCUUCACCUUCUCCUUCCUCUGCUGCCCCUUCUCGCUGGGCGCCUACGGCCUGGAGCCCCCCAGCGCCCCCGAGCAGGGCAUGUGGCAGCUCAUGCUGGUCACCUUCGUCUCCUACUCGCUGCUGCCCGUGCGGACCCUGCUCGCCAUCGUCUUCGGGCUGGUGGUGGCCGUCUCCCACCUCAUCGUCACCGCCAGCUCGGUCAGUGCCAAGAGGCAGCGGCUGUGGAGGACGCUCAUGGCCAAUGCUAUCCUGUUUGUCAGUGUAAAUUUGUAUGGGAUCUUUGUGAGGAUUUUGACAGAAAGGGCUCAGAGAAAGGCGUUCCUUCAGGCCAGGAACUGCAUAGAAGACAGGCUAAAGCUGGAGGAUGAAAAUGAAAAACAGGAGCGUCUCCUGAUGAGUCUUUUGCCCAGGAACGUUGCCAUGGAAAUGAAGGAAGACUUCCUGAAGCCACCUGAAAGGAUUUUUCACAAGAUUUACAUUCAGAGGCAUGACAAUGUGAGCAUUUUGUUUGCAGACAUUGUGGGGUUCACUAGUUUGGCAUCACAGUGCACUGCUCAAGAGCUGGUGAAGCUUCUGAAUGAACUCUUUGGCAAGUUUGAUGAAUUAGCUACAGAAAACCACUGCAGAAGAAUUAAAAUUCUAGGGGACUGUUACUAUUGUGUAUCAGGAUUGACACAGCCCAAAACAGACCAUGCCCACUGCUGUGUCGAAAUGGGACUGGAUAUGAUUGACACCAUCACGUCUGUAGCAGAAGCCACUGAAGUGGAUCUCAACAUGAGAGUUGGACUACACACAGGCAGGGUGCUUUGUGGGGUCCUAGGUCUCCGCAAAUGGCAAUAUGAUGUCUGGUCAAAUGACGUGACUCUAGCAAAUGUAAUGGAAACUGGAGGAUUGCCUGGGAAAGUUCACAUAACAAAGACCACCUUAGAGUGCCUAAAUGGUGACUAUGAGGUAGAACCAGGGUAUGGCCAUGAAAGGAACAGUUUCUUGAAGAAGCAUAAUAUUGAAACAUUUUUUAUUGUGCCAUCCCAUCGGAGGAAGAUAUUUCCAGGACUGAUUCUCUCAGACAUAAAGCCUGCCAAAAGAAUGAAGUUCAAAACAGUCUGCUACCUGCUGGUCCAGCUCAUGCAUUGUCGUAAGAUGUUCAAAGCUGAGAUACCUUUCUCCAAUGUCAUGACAUGUGAGGAUGAUGAUAAGAGGAGAGCAUUAAGGACAGCCUCUGAAAAACUCAGGAAUCGUUCCUCUUUUUCUACGAAUGUGGUAUACACCACUCCAGGAACUCGAGUAAACAGAUACAUCAGCCGUUUGAUAGAGGCCCGGCAAACUGAGUCCGAGAUGGCUGACUUGAAUUUCAUUACCCUCAAGUAUAAACAAAUUGAACGUGAGCAUAAAUACCACCAGCUUCAGGAUGAAUACUUCACCAGUGCUGUAGUUCUUUCACUAAUUCUAGCUGCCUUAUUUGGCCUUGUCUACCUUCUAAUAAUCCCACAGAGUACCCUAGUCCUUGUCCUCCUGGUGUUCUGCAUAUGCUUCCUAGUGGCUUGUAUUAUGUAUCUACAUGUCACACGAGUACAAUGUUUUCCAGGGUGCCUGACAAUACAAAUUCGAACCAUUUUGUGUAUUUUUAUUGUGAUCUUAAUUUACUCUGUGGCUCAAGGGUGCGUGGUUGGCUGCAUGCCUUGGGUAUGGAGUACAAAUUCCAGCAGUUCCAUUGUUAUCAUUUCUCCCGGUGGAAUGAAUAAAACAAUGAAUGAACUUCCAUGUGAUACAGCCCAUUAUGCUUUCCUUUCCUGCGUUGUGGGGACUCUUACCUUGGCAAUAUUUCUACGUGUCUCUUCCUUGCCAAAAAUGAUCCUCCUGCUUUUUGUUACUAUUUUGUACAUAGUUGUUCUGGAACUCAGCGGAUACAGAAAAGCAGUAGGGGGUGGCUCCUUUUAUAUGCGUGGCUAUGAACCUAUAUUAGCCAUUUUGCUGUUUUCUUGUGCUUUGGCGCUUCAUUCCAGGCAGGUGGAUUUGAAGUUACGUCUGGACUACCUCUGGGCUGUGCAGGCAGAAGAAGAGAGAGAUGAUAUGGAGAGAGUGAAGCUGGAUAAUAAAAGAAUUCUCUUCAAUCUCUUGCCAGCGCAUGUUGCACAGCAUUUUCUUAUGUCUAACCCUCGGAACAUGGACCUUUAUUACCAGUCAUAUUCACAAGUGGGAGUGAUGUUUGCUUCCAUCCCAAAUUUCAACGAUUUCUACAUUGAACUGGAUGGCAAUAACAUGGGAGUGGAGUGUUUACGCCUCUUAAAUGAAAUUAUUGCCGAUUUUGAUGAGCUUCUGGACAAAGAAUGUUAUAAGGACAUAGAAAAGAUCAAGACAAUUGGCAGUACAUAUAUGGCAGCGGUAGGACUUGUACCAACUACAGGAACAAAGGCUAAAAAAUCAAUUUAUUCCCACUUGAGUACACUGGCAGAUUUUGCAAUAGAGAUGUUUGACGUUCUUGAUGAAAUCAACUAUCAGUCUUACAACGACUUUGUCCUCCGAGUUGGUAUUAAUGUUGGUCCUGUAGUGGCAGGAGUUAUUGGGGCCAGAAGACCACAAUAUGAUAUCUGGGGCAACACUGUGAAUGUUGCCAGCAGAAUGGAUAGUACUGGAGUGCAGGGUAAAAUUCAGGUGACAGAAGAAGUUCAGCGAAUAUUAAAGAGGUGCAGUUACGAGUUUGUGUGCCGAGGUAAAGUCAGUGUAAAGGGAAAAGGCGAAAUGUUGACCUAUUUUCUUGAAGGAAAGGCCAAUGGAAAUAAUUCACAACCACGGUCUUUAAACUUAGAGCGGAAAAUGUACUCCAACGGGAGAACAAACAUUCAAACCAAACUGGGCACCAGUUGUCCAUCAGUGUCCUCAGUCGCCAGCUUUACUGUAAAAGCUGGGCUUGGAGCACUUCAAGCAUCAACAACCCACACAAAUCAAACAUUACAUUACCUUCCUUCUGUGCCAGCUGUGAAAGAAGUUUAGAGCAGAGAAAAUUUGGUUACGGCAUUUGCAGUGAACUCAGAGAGCAGAGGUUGUCUGAAUUUUCACCAGGAGGUCAAGGAUCAUAGGCCAUGGCAUCAACCAAGGAUCACUACAAUCCAACCAAAGAGAACUUGGGAACUGCAUAAACGAACUCUUGGAAUGGAACAAAUAAGGGCUAGCAAUUCUGUUAGGAAAAGUCUAAACCCAAUUUUUUGGAAAUAUGGAAUAUUUUCUUGGCAUUUUUAAAGGAUAAAUGCUAUAAUUGAAAAAAGUGUACACAUGACACUGUAUUUGUGUGUGUAUAUAUAUAUAUAUUUUAAAUCUAUAUAUGCACAUAUACAAACACUCCUAUAUAGAGAUAGAUAAGAGAGAUUUAUUUAUGUACACAUCCACCUUCAAUGGCAUAAGGGAUAGAUUUCUUUUACCACCAUAUCCAGUAUUGUUGGGUCUGAGGUUAGUAAAGCUGCUUUAGGAAAGGAAGGUGAGAUGAUUGAAAAUUAUUUGGGGCUAUAGCAAGAGUUAUGGAAACCUUGUUCCACUGCUUGAAAUAAGGAAACAAGAAUUCGUCAGCGAUUGGUAAAUGAAGGUUGAAUUAAAGCCAACUGCCAAACUGAGGUAUCUUUUAAAGUUUUAUUUGCAUGUUCAGUAGCUUUGAAUGCUUUCCAGUUACAAUUACAACACAAUGCUAUGAGCUAGACAAGAGACAGGGCUUAGGAAUUUGAUCAGAUACUAAUAAAUGUUCUUUCCAUUGACAAAGAAGGUUGCUAAAAUACUGUCUUUCUGUAGGACAUUUUGGCUUGGUAUGAGACAGAGGUGCCAUCCUGCAAGCACAGCAAUAUGCUUAUGAAAUAUAGAACAGUCUUUCCUGUUUUAUGCACAUUGCCAAUUGUAUUGAAGGUAGAGAACAGUGGGACACUCUCUUUUUGCAGUAGCAGACUUUCACUGAAAGCACAGAUUUUCUUGCUCAGUGAAGAUUUAGGCCUGUUUGAACCAUUCAAAGGGCUGACCAGUAUCAGUUACAAAUGUGCUGUUGGUAUUGUUAUAUUUGUACAUUUGCCAACAUUUUUUUAAUUUGAUGCACUGUUUUAUUAUAUAUCCUGAUUCAACACCAGGCUUCUUGUUCUUAGUUACACGAUUACAGAAAGUAUAUACCUAUUUUUGAAGAUAGGAUUCUGAAAGGCAAGCACAUCAAACUUUCUCCAAAUGAUGAUCACGUUGGUAAACUUCCCCAGAGUUUGAGGGCUGCUCUUAAUUUGCAUAAAAGGGAACAUUUUUCAGCUGCUCUCAUGAUCUCAUGGAUGUCAUGGAUAAGUUUGUCUAUCAUCUUAUACCACACCCAUUACUGUGGUAUCCGAACACCUAUAUUAAGCCUUAAGGCAUACACCCAGUCAAGUUCUAUAGGCCACUUCUUUUGUAAACUGCCCAUCCAUAUGCCAGUGUGCUUGCAAUGAUCAUUGCAUUCACCCAAGAGUUCUGAAGGAACUCAAAUAUGAAAUUGCAGAGCUACUAACUGUUGUAUGUAACCCAUCACUGAAAUCACUCUGUACCAGAUGAUUGGAAAGUAGCUAAUCUAAUGCCAAUUUUUAAA